GUACACAAAUAUUAAAUAUAAAAAUAUAUCAAUUUGUAAUGGAGUCACGUUUGCCAAAGCCGUCAGGCAUUAAACGCCCCGGGAUGGUAUCUAAAAUAGUAGUUCCAAUGGAUCGAAUAAAAGCCUUUGGUACGGUGGGUGGAGGCGCCGGAUCAGGAUUUAACGCAAACCACAGCUUUUUGAGUGCUGCAAGGCCACUCACCAGAGAUUUGAACAACUUCCCAAACGAGUUAGCACAGCGAAGAGGACGGGCCGCCUCGCCGGAGCCUUCAAAGACCUUCAAUUUGCCAAAUCGCGCAAAAUUGCGUAGAAGUCGCUCAGCCUGUGACAUAAACGAAAUGCGUCAAAAUACGUUCAAACGCGCAGCCGCACCUACUUUGCCUACCAUACCGGCCAAGAUAACACGACCCGCCACGGCCACAACGAGCACAACCGGCACAAGAUCGACUGCGCCAUCACAGCGUUUUCAGCGUGCCGGGUCAGCAGCGCCUUCCACAACCACAUCCUUCGCGUCCAGACGUGCAGCUGCGACUGCAACAACAACAACAGCGUCGCGUGCCCCAGCACGAGGCGCUGCAACAGCUUCAAGCACUAUCAACAAAUCUAAGGCUAUUAGCGGUGGUGCAGCUGGUGGUACAGGGGCAACUGCAGCACCGGCGCCGAAACGAAUAGCGCCAUAUGAUUUCAAAGCGCGAUUUCACGACUUGCUGGAAAAGCACAAAGUGUUGAAAGCCAAGUAUGAAAAGCAAGUGGAGGAUAUGGGCGAACUGGAGUCGCUGCCUACACAACUGGAAGAGACCCAAACCAAACUAAUAGACACAGAGUCGACACUGAAGAAUGUUCAAACAGACAAUGAGUGCCUACAGCGGCAAGUUAAGAUGCAAUCUGAGAAAAUCGACAUUGUUACUAGCUCGCUAGUCCGCACCAAAGAUGAACUUUCGCAACUACAGGCGGAGCAUCAGAGCAUUAAAAGCGAGCAUGCAACACUCUCGAUAGAAGUCGAAGAAUUGCGCCUUCGUAAUGAGGAGCUCAUUUCUAGCAAUGAGCAGUUAUCGCAUGAUUUGGCCGCCUGCAAGGAACAACUCUUUCAAUCAAACAUAGAGCGCAAGGAGUUGCACAAUACUGUGAUGGACUUGCGUGGCAAUAUACGCGUCUUCUGCCGUGUUCGGCCGCCUUUAGACUGCGAAGAAAAUCGACAGCUGUGCAGCUGGUCGUAUAUGGACGAGGCUACCGUUGAGAUACAGAGCCUCGAUGGUCAAGCUAAGAAUAAAAUGGGACAACUCACCUUCAGCUUCGAUCAAGUGUUCAAUCCGUUGUCAACGCAAACGGACAUUUUCGAAAUGGUCUCGCCUCUUAUUCAGUCCGCUCUGGAUGGCUUUAACAUCUGUAUAUUCGCCUAUGGCCAAACGGGCAGCGGCAAGACCUACACCAUGGAUGGCGUUCCCGAAAGCGUGGGUGUUAUUCCCCGCACUGUAGAUCUCCUCUUUGAUUCCAUCAAGGGCUAUCGCAAUCUGGGAUGGGUAUAUGAGAUCAAGGCGACAUUUCUUGAAAUUUAUAACGAAGUGCUAUAUGAUUUGCUAAGCAAUGAACCCAAGGAUUUGGAAAUACGAAUGGUCAAGAAUAGCAAGAACGACAUCUAUGUGUCCAACAUAACCGAAGAGACGGUCAACAAUCCGAACCAUCUGCGCCAGCUUAUGCACACCGCUAAAAUGAAUCGGGCGACGGCAGCAACAGCGGGAAAUGAACGGUCUUCACGUUCGCAUGCCGUUACCAAGUUGGAACUGAUUGGACGACAUGCGGAGAAGCAAGAAAUAUCUAUCGGAUCCAUUAAUCUCGUUGAUCUCGCUGGCUCGGAGUCGCCUAAAACGAGCGUGCGCAUGACGGAGACCAAGAAUAUUAAUCGUUCACUUUCCGAACUCACAAAUGUAAUCUUAGCGCUGCUUCAGAAACAAGAUCACAUACCUUAUCGUAAUUCCAAGCUGACGCAUUUACUGAUGCCGGCGCUUGGCGGCAAUUCAAAAACGCUUAUGUUCAUCAAUGUGUCACCAUUCCAGGAUUGCUUCCAGGAGUCUGUUAAGUCGCUUCGGUUUGCCGCCUCCGUCAACUCCUGCAAAAUGGCUAAGGCAAAGCGCAAUCGUUAUAUGAACACCUCGUUGGCCACUAACACCAGCAGCAGUUCUCUGGACAAGACAUAAUCAUCGUAAUUAUUUUUUGUAUUUUGCAA